GCGUGGGAGCGCGCGUACGACUUGGCGGAAGGCACGAUCCGCCCGCCCGCCAAGAUCUCUCUUCCGCCAAACGUCCCCCCUCCGCCGCACCUGGAGGACUGCGCGGCGCGCACUGCGUUCCGCGAGGCGACGGAGAAGCGCGCGGCCAGUGGGGAGUCGCCCAAGUGGUCCACCUCGUCCGAGGCGUGCGGCUGGGUGCCGCAGCCGCCCUGGAUCCGCGGGUCGGACGCGGGCAACCUGGCGGCAACGCGGCGGGUGCAGCGCGACCUGUGGGAGCGGCAGUUCCCCGCGUCGUGCCGGGAGCGGCGGCUGGUGCUGAUCGAGUGGUCACCGCUGGAGCGGCACGGGCUGGGGUCGCAGGUGCACAUCAUGACGGCGCUCUUCAGCCUUGCUGUCAGCUACAACCGCACCUUCGUGCCCAUGCCCGGCUCCUACAUGCGCGCCAACCACUCCGAGUGCCAAGGUGGGGAGUGCGAGGACAUGGCCAUGGCGGAGCACAAGGCGGGCCGCAUCCCGCCGUGCGCUGACUUCUGCGGGCUGGAGGGGGCGCUGAGGUCGGACAGCCCAGUGGUGUGCGCCAACGACGACGACUACAACUUCCUUCGCCUGCGCGGCGAUGCUGCCAGGUGUGCUAGGCUGGGUGGUUGCUGUAAGAGGGUUGCUACACACAUUCAAGGCACACAGCUUGUGGCUGCAAUGGCACGAGCGGUGCUCUCCUCUCCUCCUUUCCCCCCUCCCUUUCUCCCUCCUUUUCCCCCUCCCUUUCUCCUUCCUUUUCCCCCUUUCUAUCUCCCUUCUUUUCCCUCUCCGUUUCUCCCUCUUUUUCCCCCUCCCUUUCUCCCUCCUUUCCCCCUCCCUUUCUCCCUCCUUUUCCCCCUCCCUCUCUCCCUCCAUUUCCCCCUCCCUUUCUCCCUCCUUUUACCCCUCCUUUCCUCCCUCCUCCUCGACCCUUUUACCGUCCCUUUCCGCCUCCCUUUCCCGCUCCCUUUCUCCCCCUUCCCUUCCCACUUCCGUUCCCCCUCCCCAGGCCUCACCGCUCCCCCUGUCUCCCCCCCUCCUAGGGAGCUCCACCGGACCACACGUACCGACAACGGUGGUGAAGCUUACAACUUCUUCAUCCCACUCACAACAACCCCCCUCUCCUUGAGUCGACUCAACACAUUCCCCGGGCCUCUGCCCCUGGCCUCCCCUCUUCCUUUCCUGCUCCCCGUGCCGGUAACCGUGUCGGUCCGUCCGUGGCAGGGAGUGGGGCGACGCGUACCUGCAGCGGCCCAACAAAGUGGAGCUCACCGGCUCCAUGCAGCCCGUCAACCCCGCGCAGCGCCAGGUGGGCUCGCUGUGUCAUGCCCUCAGGUGCACUGGUGGCGAGCCCAGGCGAUCCGUUUCAUGCUGCGCUGGCCGUCGGCAUACAUGUGCCACAUCACCAACCGCGUGCGGCACAAUGCGUACGGCCAGCAGGUCGCCAUCCACAUGGCCAAGGCGGCAGCGGAGCAGGACGCCAUCAUUAAAGCCCUCAAACCGGACGAUGCGCACAAGGGCCUGGCCAUCAACUACGGGCAGGAGAUCAACACGCUCUCCCACAUGAACUUCUCCACGCCCAACCUCGAGAAUGAGGUCUGGCCGGGCCUGGACUAUGCUGGGUGUUCGCUGGACAACCAUACGGACCCCGAGGCGCCAAAGCACGCGGCUGACUCGGUGUACGAGGGGGUGGGUGGCGAGCCGUAUAUCCCGCGCCCGAUUGUGAGCAUGCACGUGCGGCAAGGGGACAAGGCGGGCGAGAUGCGGCUCAUCUCCUUCCCCUCGUUCAUGUUCAUGGCCAACAGGCUCAGACGCAGGAGUGUAAUAGACCAGUCACAGCAGUACAAGGACUGGGCCUUCCUCUACUCCACGAACCCCCGGCAGAACGGCACAACCUCCAUCUUUGAGUAUGAGCAGACGGCAGGAGUGGCGAAGCUGGCGGGGAUCAGCCUGGCGAACCUGCUCAUCUCAUCGCAGGCGGAUUUCUUUGUGGGCGCGCUGGGCUCCAACUGGAACCGCCUCAUCAGUGAGCUCAAGGCCACCAGUGGAAGGCUCUAUGCGUCCGUGAAUUUCGACGAGUGGUAG